UGUCCUUUGAAAGUAUUACCACAAGAUUUAUCCCUCUAGCGAGAGUACUAGAACUUUAACGAUGAAAAGGAGAAAAGGAGAAAAUCCCUAAAGCCACUUCUGGUUAGUCAUGAAAAAGAUUAGUGAGGUGUAAAGAUCUGUGAUCAACGGUAUCAACAAGCCUGUGGUUUUGGAGAAAGAGCAUGCAAACCGGAUUUGUUCUAUUUUAUUUUCUCUUUCCAACUAUCUCAGAUCAAUGCUGUGGGAAAACACAACGGAGGACAAAAGGAGACAAAAAUGCAGCUGCAAAACCCAUGUCUGCCGAUCAGCAUUAUCACUACAAAGUUGUGGAGGGGGAAGUCUUUGUGAUGCCAUGCAAUUCAUUGCAUGUGGCGUCACCUAUAAAGUGGUUCAAGGCUACUAAAGGCAAAGAAUGUGGGAAAGAGUUUGUGGCUGAAAUGGAAGAUUCUGGAACAUACAGCAGCCUCACAGGAUCAUACUUGACUCUGCAGGUCAUCAAUAAAACUAGUUUGAGAUGUUUUCAGCCAAAUGAGAGCAGUGUGACGUUGCUGGUGGACGCUGGUGGGGAAAUCCGCUGUCCUGGGCGUGACUGUUAUAACAACACAGCUGUGGUUUGGUACAAGAAAAACAAAACUGUAUCUGAGCAGUCUAGAAUUUCCUGUGAAAACAAAGGGCUGCUACACCUCUGCACAGUCUAUGAAUCGGACACGGGCGUGUAUUAUUGUGACAGACAAAUAACUGAACAAGGAGUCAUGUGGACCUUCAGGAGAGCCGUAAACGUCACAGUGAUACCACAUUCAAGCUCGUCUCCUGAAUUUAAGUAUCCUUCCGUUAACAUGACAGAGAAGGUUGAGCUUGGUCAGCCUCACACGUUAGAGUGUGAGGUAAUCUUUGAUGUUGAGGAAAAGAUUUCUCAAAAAGUGCAGUGGUUCAUGAAUUUCGGUGGCGAUAUACAGAACAUGACCCUGCUACACAUGGAGCAAGCUCAAGUAAAGCCAAUGUUUCCUAAGGUCGAGGUAACACAGAAAUCCAUCAUAAAAGAAGUGAUGCCACAGCACCUGAAGCACACAUACACCUGCUUCGCUAGCAAUGCUGUCGGAAACAACAGCGUCACAAUUAAACUUCAAAAGAAAAUGCAAGUAAAAUGGCCAUCACUGGUUGGCUAUCCCUUUGCCUGUUUUCUGCUGGUAGCCGGACUGGGAAUCAUCGUGCAUGUCAAGUGGCUGGAAUUACAACUAAUCUUCAGGUCCCACUUCCAGUUUGGAAAACUCGAUGGAGAAGAGAAACAAUUUGACAUUUUUGUGUCAUACGUGUGGACGGUUCCAUCAGUUGAGGAGGCAAAUGGUUUGUCCCCUUCUUCCAAACCUUACACUGAAACAGGAGGAUGUAAAUCUAACAUGAAGAUGCAGAGCAGUGAGGGACCAAUAGAAAAGCUGCUACCACAGGUGUUAGAGAACCAGUGGGGGUAUCGUGUGUGUCUGCUGGAAAGGGACAUACUUCCAGGAGGAGCUUACACAAACGAUGUGGUUCUCACAAUAAACAGCAGUCGAAUGCUCAUCUGUGUCCUGUCGGCUGAAUAUUUCGCCAACAGUAAUGCUGUGUUUGUACUGGAAUCAGGAGUCAAGGCUCUACUGCAAAUGUCUGCCCCCAAGAUGCUAUUAAUAUGGACCGGUGGAACCUCUUCAUCUUUCAUCCAGCCAGAACCCCCACUUCCCAAACUGGUGCAAAGAGCCUUGAAGGUGCUCCCCAGUCUGCAGACGAGCACAGACACAUCUCCCACGGCCAUCAGAAGCUUCUGGACCUCUUUGCAGAAAGCCAUGCCAGCUCAUGGAGCGAGACUGGCUUCACAAGAAAACUGAGAUAUGGGAAACAUUUUCCCUCACAAGAACUCCCACCCAUUAUUCAUGUUAGGAUUUUAAAACCUCUGGUAAUCACAGACUUUACUAAAACUGUAAGUCUAAAGUUGGAUCUGAAUGAAAAAAUGUCUCCAUGGUGACAGAGAUGCAAACUCACCAAGUGUUCAUUUUAAAUGCCAGAAAAAAAGUAAUUUUCCAUCUGUAGCAUUUUGUCAGUUUAAUCAAAUUUCCAUCAACUCUGCAGCUUAAUACUAUAGAAAAAAAAUCUAAUGUACACCAAUAAGAUGUAGUAAAUCAGGAUUUCUCCUAUUGCUGUCUGCAAUAAAUAACUGACAGAAACACGUG